UGUAUCUAAUCAAUGCACCGUUCAAAUAAUCGAGGUAAAUCAGAGAAAACGAAGAACACGAGAGGAUAAGUGAGCAAAAUAUGAAACAAAUAAACGUAAGGUAAAAGGAAAGGAUUAAAUGAGAAGAGAAAACCAAGAGAUAACUGAGAAUAUAAAUACACAUUCAGGUACCGGAGAGAUAACUACAGAAGGAAGAAACCAAACUUAAAAGGAAAGAAGAGAUGACAUGCAAUCAUUUUAGGAUUCCAUUAGGAGCUCCAAUUUCAUCUACAAAAGUUAUACGCUGCCAGGAGGGUCAGUUGCAUCGUAUGCACUAUUUUUCGCUGCAAUAUCUGUCAAAGAGAAGCCUUCUUAUAUCCCGCUCAAGCUCAACGAUUGGCUCUAUGCAAUUUGAGCACAGAAGAGAAAGAGAGAUUGGGAAAACAAGCAGUCAAAGACCUACAAAUUAGGUUAGCUACCGGCGUUCCGGUAACCUCCGCUUAUUUCCUAUCAGAAUACCCGUCUGACAUGGAUUAUGCUUAUGUGAAUGAGAAAUCUGCUAUCUACCAACAAGAAAGAGAUGGAGGAAUAAUUGAAGUGGACGAUUCCGAAGAAGAGGAAUAGAGAAUCAAGAGAAAUUCCCGAAGAAGAAAACGCUGAAUCUCCACAGAAGAUAGAAAUCCGUUUAAGUUUUUAUUUUACUUUGUUUUUAGUUAUUUACGACAAGUUGAAGUCAUCCUAGAAAUUGUAAUAGUAGUGUUUCCGCGUUGUUUGCUAAGUUUCUUAAUUACUCUUGUGUUGAACGUAUCGUUAUCAAUGGCUUUCUAAAGAACUCUAUCUAGAAUCCACUCAUGGCGAAUCAAGCUUUAUUAAGUUCUAAUACCCUUAUCUGAGAAGAAUGCUAGCGCAGAGAGAUUCUCAAAACAAUAAUAAAGGAAAUUAAGCAAAGACUACAUAGCUAAAAUAAAGAGUUGAAGCAAAAGAGAGCCGACUAGAUCCUAAGAAUGCAGCAACGCGCCAGCGCUAAACGCAUAUGAUGAAUGAGAUGAAUGAAUGAUGCAAAUAAUGAUGCCACAUAUGAAAGAUCUACAAUCACCAUUGGAGAAGCUCAUAGUUGUAAAACUUUUGUUCAUUUGUUGGGUGCUGCCCUUCACCGUCCAACCACCACACAAAGACGGUGCGAGACAAGUCUAUCUGAACCCACUACUCGAGUCAUUUUAGAGUACCAAAAUAGAGCUCUCCAUUUCAACCCAGGAAUCCACCCAUCAAUGAAGUCGUCGUUAGCAUGUCCAUGUCUUCACUUUCUCUCUCCAUUACAGUUUUCCACCCCAAAUAAUUUAACUCUGGUUUCUCCUCAAACCUACCCGACUGUCUCAUCACUAUUAUCAGCAAGUAAAUCUUCUCCCCUGUAUUCACCUCUAAACCCUAAUAUUAAACACCCUAGUAAAUCGAAUCGAUUUGUAAAAGCCAAAGCUCAAUUGACAUUCCCUCUUAUUUCAUCUCAAGAUCAUUGGGGUACAUUAGCAUUUCUCUUUGCAACCGGUGCUUUUGGUAUCUGGUCGGAGAAGACCAAAUGGGGAAGCACGUUGAGUGGCGCAGUUGUGAGUACUCUGGUUGGGCUGACAGCAAGUAAUGUUGGAAUCAUUUCUUUUGAAGCUCCGACUUAUUCGGUGGUUAUGGAAUAUUUGCUUCCACUCGCUGUUCCGUUGCUGUUGUUCAAAGCAGAUUUGCGUCAAGUUGUGCAUUCAACAGGAGCGCUUCUAUUUGCCUUCUUGCUUGGAUCAGUUGCGACUAUGGUUGGAACAAUUGUGGCUUAUGUGAUGGUGCCUAUGCGAUCACUUGGUCAAGAUAGUUGGAAGAUAGCAGCUGCUCUCAUGAGUAGUUAUAUUGGCGGAACGGUCAAUUUUGUUGCUGUUUCAGAGGCUCUUGGUCUGUCUUCAUCAGUAUUUGCUGCUGGAAUAGCUGUGGACAAUGUUAUUUGUGCGAUAUAUUUCGCAAUUCUUUUUGCAUUAGCAUCCAAAAUUCCUCCCGAGGCUUCUACAUCAUCCAAUGGUGAUCUGGUAGAUACAGACUCUAGACUGGAAAGCAAGCCAACAGUUCUACACUUUGCUACUUCUCUUGCAAUAUCCUUUGGUAUUUGCAAAGUUGCCUCCUGUCUGACGAAAGUUCUCGGUAUACAAGGAGGUAGUCUUCCAGUUAUUACAGCAAUCACAGUUGCUCUUGCGACUCUAUUUCCGAUGCAGCUUGGUUAUCUUGCACCUUGUGGUGAGGUUAUGGCUCUCAUUCUGAUACAGGUAUUUUUCGCUGUGGUUGGUGCAAAUGGAAGCUUAUGGAAUGUCAUAAAGACGGCCCCCAGUGUAUGCGCAUUUGCUUUAAUCCAGGUAGGAGUUCAUCUGGGGUUGAUCAUUGGACUAGGAAAGUUGUUGCAUCUUGAUCGGAAGUUGUUAUUGCUGGCAUCAAAUGCCAAUGUUGGAGGCCCGACGACAGCUUGUGCGAUGGCCACGGCCAAAGGAUGGGGUUCUUUGAUUGUUCCCAGUAUACUUGUAGGCAUAUUUGGGGUAGCUAUUGCAACUUUUCUUGGCAUUGGGUUUGGCUUGAUGGUUCUCAAACACUUGUAGUCCUUUUUCAAAAUUUAGUUCUGGGGUUACGCCAGGAGUGUGUGUGUGUUUGUUAUCAUCUUUGUUUGAUAUUUUUUUUUAUAAUUAUUCUUUUGAUCAAUCAGCAGCGGGAUAUUUGUUAUUAACUUGAAAAAGAAAGAUUCAUCAAGCCCCCCA